AGUCUGACGGAGCGCGCGAGCAAGGUAGUGCAGGAAAAGAUGUCAGAAGAGAGAAGACGGCGGGGACCAGAGAUUUGAAGGAAAGAGGCCAGCCGACCAGCUUGGGGGCCAAAUCACCUUAGCUUGUCAUCAGGCAACUGCUGGGGCUGAGGAUGUGCUGGUCUUGUGGACCCGGCCGAUGGUGCAUGGUGCAUUUGCGCAACAGAAGCUAUGGCUGCGCGCAUGCAGAGACAAGCCCUUGCUCGACUGCGGGACGCGAGAGCGGUGAGCGGGCCUGUUUGCCUGCUGUUUUGCCGGCUUUUUGCUGGCUUUUUGCUUCGGAACGACCCAGUGUUGUUCGUGAGCGGCUCGAGGAGGGGCACUCUAAAUUUGUCACACGUCCCGCGCCGCGAGCGAGCGAUCUCCUGUUUGGGGAGGCCGGGGCGCGAAGUCAGACGAGUUGAUAAUCGUUCCAGCCUCAUCCAUCAGCAUCGACAUCUGAAAGGGAGCAUGUGAUUCGGUCCGCUUCUCGCGCGCGCCGCUGCGACACUGUUUCAAGG